CUCUGUUUCUUUAUUCCUCCGUCCGACGACCCCAACCUCCGACGCACGGCUUACCGUUGACACCUUUUUGUUCAGUACUUAAACUUUCCCAAGUCCCUCCCCCACGUUUCGGUAAUCUUUCGCGAUCUAUCACAGCCAGCUGUCCAUAAUACACACCAUUUCGACAUCAUCUAAAUCAAGUAUAUCUAUCCUAUAAUCACAAUGGGUCUCACCAACGACAAGUUCCCCUCCUCCGCCGCUUUCGACGCCAUCAACGAUGCGCUCGGCUCCAGCGAGCCCGACCGCAAGGAUGCCAUCAAGCAGGGCAACGCCAUCUUCGCCUUCACCCUGAAGAACUCUGCCGGCGAGACCGACAGCUGGCACAUUGACCUCAAGGAGAAGGGCGUAGUCGCCAAGGGCACCGGCGAGAAGCCCACUGUCGCCCUGUCUCUGUCCGACGCCGACUUUGGCAACCUCGUCCAGGGCAAGGCCAACGCUCAGAAGCUUUUCAUGUCCGGCAAGCUCAAGAUCAAGGGCGACGUCAUGAAGGCCACCAGGAUGGAGCCCAUCCUGAAGAAGGCCCAGUCCAAGGCCAAGUUGUAAAUGUGUCGCAAUGGAUAUUGCGUUGUCGGUAAUACCCUGUACCAUAACCUACCAGUCGGGCCAGCAAGUAGUGCUGGCCCUGGAUGCGCGCCAAACGUAGCGUUGCCGUAGGAAAUGAGACUAUGAUCAAUCAAUGAGUACC